AUGGAUAACCCUUCAAAACGAAAGCUCGACCAGCACGCAACAACUGGGGCCGCGACAGGGGACACAGACAAUGCUUCCGAUAAGCGCCGCAGAGUAAUCGGGCCAUCGCUCCCACCACCCACUUCCAACACUGAUAAUCACAGCGACAGUAGCAACAACCCAGACUCGGACUCUGACGAUGAUGACUUCGGUCCUAGUCUCCCUCCACCAUCCGGCUCGGUACCGCAACAACCAGCGCCAGAGCAAUCACUUUCUCGACAUGAUAUAUCAGAAGUUGAAUCAAAGCCGGCGCCCAAACGAGACGCAUGGAUGCUUGCGCCGCCCACUGGCGGCUCAGAUCGGUCGCGGGUGGACCCUACAAAGCUACGAAAUCGGAAGUUCCAGAGCGGGCCGCGGGUCGGAAAUGCGCCCGCCGGACGGGGAGGCGUGGAUAGCUCGUGGACUGAGACGCCAGAGGAGAAGAUAAGGCGGUUGCAGGAUGAAGCAAUGGGGAUUUCCUCGUCCUCUGGGCCGGAUGCUGGGGGGGUCGGGGCGAGAGGCGAUGAUAAGGUGGCGCAGGCAAUGAGGGAAAAGGUUCAGCGGUAUAAUGAGCGAGUGAGGGGGGAGGAUGCGUCGUCACUGGUCGAGGAGAAGAAGAGGAAGGACAAGGAGAAAGGGGAAAAGGAGGACGAAGAUGACCCGAGUAAAAGGGCCUUUGAUAAGGAGAAAGAUAUGGCGCUUUCUUCGAAGCUUACGAAUGCGCAACGAAGGGAGCUAAUGAGUAAAGCAGCGGAUUUUGGAUCGAGGUUCUCGAAGGGGAAGUUCUUAUAG